CUGGGUGUCACAGAGCCGUGCCACCAUUCGGGACCAGGAGUGUCACGAGCAAAGGACACCGUCAGCCAAGUGUGGCAGAGAGCAGGAAUACCCCUCCACGUGCACCCUGCUGAGGGAUCGGGAGAAAGGAGCCUCUCUCUUUCUUCCCAUGGCGUGUGAACGGGGAGGUCGUCCCGGGAACAAAUAACCCGUGGAAGGGGAACAUCUGGGAACAGCUGCAAAUAAUCACGACCCAUUCAGGGAGGCUGAGAGCAGGCAGUGGCACUCGGGUCCGACGCAUCCCUCAUGUCCUCUGCUCCCAGGCAGGGAGCCUUGACGUUGGGUGCAGGUGUACAUCUGGAUUUGGAAGAAGAUGAGAUAAGGCUAUUCAGAUGGAGGCCAGUUCCACCAGCCUCAAGAAGAUCAAAUUUGGGAAGCUGAAGGUGGUGCGUCGGCACUUGCUGCAGAGAUACGAGCACCAGCCCUUCAUCUCCUGCCUGGCCGGGUUCUACAGCUGCCGAUGGAAGCGGUACCAGCGCAGAAGGACCGAGCCUGGGAAAUGCUGCUGCAAGACGCGGGAAUGUGUGUUUUUCCCACUGCUUGUUGGAGCUUUCUGCUUUUCUCUGGUCUUCCUGUACAUGUGGGGUGAAGCAAAAAAUGACUACAAUAACUUUGACUGGUAUAACUAUGGGAACCUAGGCUUCUGGUUCCUCUGGUCUCUGGUUCUCCUGAUAGUGGCUGCAAUCCUGUUCAUGUACAUCACGCUGCUUUUGGUCCUAGCAAUGUGUUUGCUUGCAGAAGGGCAGCAGCUAUACUUGCACUGGAGUCACAAGAUUGGGACUUUUCUUGUCCUGGGUUUCUCUAUCACAGCCAUCUUCAUACUGUCUGUACUCUGGGGAGAUCAAUGGAAAACAGUCCGCCUGUCAUUCCAGAUCACAGCCCCCUAUCUCCACAUAGGAGCAAUAACCAUCAUGGUCCUCCUCUCCUGGCCCCUGGCUCUGCAUGCCAUCAGAGCAGAUAAGAAAGUUGUUCAGGUGAUAAUUGUUGGUCCAUACCUGGCUAUCCUUCUCUUUCUUUUCUUGAUACCUCUGGGGAUGUACUCUCCUUGCAUCAGAGAAGUGGGGACACUUGGACCAAAGCCAGCCCUCAUCGGACACCGCGGAGCACCAAUGCUGGCCCCAGAAAACACUGAGAUGUCAUUUCAGAAGACAAUUGAACAUGGUGCAGAUGGUCUUGAAACAGAUGUCACCAUUAGCUACGAUGGUGUUCCUUUUCUCAUGCAUGACAGCACCUUGAGCAGGACAACCAACAUCAAAGAGGUCUAUCCCAAUGCCACUGCUCAAAAUGCAGCCUUGUUCUCCUGGGAUGCCCUGAAGGAGUUGAAUGCUGGAACAUGGUUCCUAAAGGACAAACCUUUUUCAUGCAUGGGCUCCCUGUCAAGGGCAGAUCAAAACCAGGCAAUGAAUCAGUCAAUUUACAAGCUAAGUAAUUUCUUACGCCUCGCAGACAGUCAGAAUAAACUUGUGAUAUUUGAUCUCUACCGUCCUCCAGAGAAACAUCCUUACAGGAAUUCAUGGAUCAACAGAACCCUGGAAGUCAUCCUCAACGAGUCGGGGAUCAGACCCCACCUGGUCCUGUGGCUGGAGAAUGACAUGAGGUCCUUUGUUCAGUCUGUUGCUCCUGGCUUCCAGCAGACCAUGGGCAGUAAGGCCCCGGUUGAAGACUUGUUGAUGGACAAUAUUGUCAAACUCAACCUGGCCUACACCGAAAUGUCCAGUGAAGAUAUUCGGAAAUACGCUGAGGCAAACAUCACCACCAAUUUCUAUGUGAUCAAUGAGCCCUGGCUCUUCUCCCUGGCCUGGUGCUCCGGGGCACAUUCUGUGACCACGAAUGCUGUCCACAUGCUGAAGAACCUCAGCCAGCCACUCUUCCUCAUGACACCACGGCAGUACAACAUCAUGUGGAUCCUGACAGACCUGAUCUCAGUGCUUCUCAUCUCGCUCAUCUUUGCUCUGCACUGGUGGCGAGAGCGGAGCUUCUCCUGCUGUGCCCAUGAAGGUGACCCGAUGCUGGAGAGUGGCACCUACAACAAAUUCAGGACAGAGCUUAGCAACAUGCCAACCGUCAUAGCCUGAUGUGGGCAGGGAGGAUGCAGAGCUGCCAUCUCGCUGAGAUCCAGAGAUUGGAGCAUCACUUGCUGACUCUUCCUGCAGUGCAAAUCCAGCCUGCCAAGAGGGCCAAUGAGCUUCUAUGAAGAAGGAGCCAUUUGUCAUCACGGUCCUGAUGGAGAUGAGCACUGAGUUCUCUCCCUGCUUUCCUCAUCAUUUCAUGCCUGGCAGGGAUUCCAAGGGUGAAGAGGAGCACACAUGAGGUUGCAGGUGGGAGCUGUGCACCACAGUGGUUAAACCUCUCUAGCAGUACACAUGUAGUAGCCACCAUUUCCCAUUAAGACCUUUGGCAUGUCAGAGGGUAAUCAAUCUGAGCACCCUCUGGUCCUCCUUAUCUUUGGCUGCCCAUGUUUCCCCAGUCCCCAUAGCCCCUUUCUCCUCAUGAGUCUUCUCCAGCCCAAGAUCACACCAGCCCCACAAUGGUCAAGUGCUGGUGGAUGGCUCAGCAGGGUCUGUAACAUUCCUUAAUACAGGCAGGCAGGUUUUUCUUUUCCUUCCUCUAAUCCUUCCAUUAGUCCAAAUGGGACAGCCUCCUCACCCUGACUUUCAGUGAGGGAGUACUCCCCAAGAAUGCAAAAGCAGUUCUGGUGCCUUGGCCAAGUAAUUACCAGGACUACGACCAAGAUCACAACACUUUUCUUCAUUUGUUGCAUGUGAACUGGUUCCACCAAAUGUCCUAUCUUCUUUUCCCUUGUGGAAGACCUUUAUACCUGCUCUGUAUCCUGGGAUUUAUUUCAGUUUUCAUUUCUCCCAGUGGCUUCUGGCGCAUGGGGAAGGAAAACUACACUCUGCUCUGCAAAGAAGAGCUGAGCAUCUCCCAAGUUUAAGCCAUAAAUUUGUACUUGAACAGUUAAUAAGAACACUUUUUAACAAUUAUUAUUAUUUUGUAAAUUGCAAGUGCAGCUUUAAAUAAAUUUUGGCUCUCCUAA